UCCCCCUGCCUGUGCCCACUCUAGGGAAAUAAGGAAUGUUGCAUUUGACUGCACCAAUGGAUUACAUCCCACAAACUAUUGGAUAUUUGAAAAAUGACUAAUGGAAUUAAAGGGACAUUUAUUUAUCACUUAAAAAUAUAUAUCCUGAGGUUGCAAUCCUGUAUUCCUAUGCCAACACACAUGUUAGGCACACACUGAAAUCCCAUAGGAUUUAGUGAAAAGUGCAGCCUGAUCCUGUGCAUAUUUACUUGGAAGUAAAUGCCAUUGUGUUUGAUGGGACUUAACAUUUGAUAAGUGCUAGGGGUUGCAGUCCCAAGUUCACACAGCUAAGUGUGGCCAGAGUAAUGUUGAGCAGUAGGGUUUGGUUAAUAAAUUACUAGCUUCUUGUUAUGGAGGUUCAAAGUAAAUACAAAUGCAGUGAUCAGUUCAUUUUCAGAGAGAAAAGUAACAUUCUUUUCUAGCACAGCAGUAACAAAGACUGAAAUUUUUAUUACACUACCCAUUGUUCUACCAGGCCUAAACACACUAAGCACAACCAAAUCAAGAUCAUGGGGCACAAUUUUAAGAGCUCAACCACAGUGUGAACAGUGGGAAGAGAUAAAUCUGGCCAGCUUCAGAGUGUCUUUCAUUGCUCCACAAACUGCAGCCCAGAGAUGAUGAAAAAACCCACUCUAUAUGCUUCAAAAUGGCUUUGUCAUGACAGCAUAGUUUUACUCUGGAAGACCAUGACCAUAAUCUGUGAGAAGAUUGUUUAGCCCAGCAGCAUUGACACAUCACAAUAGGUUCUCUGGUGGACAAUGUUUCUACUUUGGAGAAAAACCUUUUACUGAGAUGUUUCUGCUGAUGGCUGUGUCGGAAGUCUUUCUGCUUUUGGGCUGGGCGUGGAGAUCAGACUGCAUUUGCUCACCCACCACUUAUUAUAAGAAUUGUUGGAUUCGACGAUUCCCGGGCCUUACAGUUGAUCUGGAGCGUUCACAGAGAAGAGGGGCCUACAUUCUCAAAGUCUACACAGAAGCUACAGCCCAACAAUGCAGCCGGACCUGCUGCCUCCUAAAGAAUGUUUCCUGUAACUUGGCAGUUUUCUAUGGUGAAACCAAUAAUCAGAGUCUUAACUGCCUGCAUGUUUAUUGCCCAGCGUUGGAGAGCUGCAUACUGAGGCCUUCGAUCAAUGUUGUGUUGUACAACAUCACACCAGGGGUUGAUCCGGAUCUUCUUGUGUUUGAGAAACUCUCUUUCAAAGAUAUGAAUACCAGGUCCUCUCUUAAUAAAUGGGAAGUGCAUGGAAGCGCAAGGGUUGCCAAUUUAGAAAAAUGCCAGAAUUCAACAACCAGUUCAAGGUACCUUCUUCCUGAAUCCUUAUCUUCUACAGUGGUCCAAGAGCUGGUAAGUAACAGCAGCAACACAAGUACUGCACCUGCCCCAGUUCACAGGUCUCCAUCCAGCACAUAUUUAGGACCUGCAGAUGCACCACUGAAGGACUAUUUUACUAAAGUGGCAAACAUCUCAGAAAAGAAUGGUUCAACAGCCAUGUCUGACAAUGCCACUGCACUUCCUAGCACUGCCGUUACAUCUAUCAAGAUAUUAUCACACAUGCCCAGCCCAGCCCAUCUGAACAGCAGCAAACACUUGAACGAAACCAAGGUAUACAGUGGCAGGAAUUCCACAUCAGACAAUGAAGACCAGAAAUCAGCUUGGGAGGAAGUAGAAAGGGGGAGCUGGCUGCUUCCGGUGGCACUCUGUCUUUCCUUGACUGUGAUUUGCUGUUGCACUAUUAUUCUUGCAGCUGGGUGCCAUCGAAAGAGGAAUGGUCGGUAUAAACCAAGACGGAGAGGUGAAUCCAGACGGUUCAUUAGAUACACUAUGGUUAAAAAUAACUUUUAAUGGUAAAUAUUCCAAAUCUAGAGACAAAGUGAAGGCUAGAUGAUGAAUAUGUAAGAGAAGAAAAGGGAACUCUGCAAUCCUAUACAUCUCCACUCAGAAGACUCAUUGAUAUGUGUUUGGGACCGAUUAUAGGUAUUUUGAGUACUUUGCCAUUAAACUAGAUCGGAGAUACAUCUGCUUUUCUUGAUUAUAAUGCUUCAAUUCUAACAGGGUUUAAAUACACCUUUCAUUAAGAGUCCUUUCUCCAUAAAAAACCACAUAGACUGGUCGGGAAACUUUUCCAGUAUGCAAGCUGUCUCCUUUCUCCACCAACCCUUACAGGCCAUUAGGGCCACCAGCUGUCAAUUACUUGAUGUCAUUAUGACAUUAGGUGAUAACUUCAAAGUGAGUGGUAGCCCCUUUGAAGUCUGUUUGCUGAUGGUUUGGAUUCAAACUAUUCUGCAAAUGGGAGUUUCCCCUCUUAGACUUAAAGAAAAAAAUGUCCAUUUUCCAGGCAAGGUAAGAUUCUAUACCAUGCCUGUCUGCAAACAGGCAAAGGGGGCGUCUCUCACCACCCAUCAGAUGAUUGAUGCCGAGAACAAACUCCUUUGAAGAAGAGCUCAGUGCAACUCAGCCAAUCUCAGCCACGUAUUUACCUGCCCCGCACCUGGUUUUACAUAUAGCACCAAGUGUUAGGCAGGCAGGUGAAUGCAAUUUGGAGAAAAUGCAUCAGCCAGAUUAGUUGCAUGGGCCAGAGGUUCCUCAUUGCAGUACUGACUCAUUGUUAAAACCGUGUUUAUGGAAGACAAUCUUACUUGGCUACGAGUGAUCGCCAAAGAAAGAAGAUACCAAGACUCAAUAUGAACACUAAUAUCAAGUAAUUCUUAGAAUUUAUAUGUCACUUUGGGCACGUUCACCAAUCUUUUGCACACUUAUCCCCAUGUUGCAAUUGUAAGAGACUGUGGUGUUGUAUUUUAUCUGUGUGUGACAAACCCCAGCACCACACUCACCCACCCCACCUGGGAAUGGGACACGUCUCCAGGCUACAACUCCUUUUCAGCCCCUACUCUCACACUCUCAUGUUUGCAAGCAGACGAGGAACUGUGAUACUCAAGGCCGGAAGUACUUGCCUCUUGCAGCCCAAGGAGCAACUUACUAUCUGUUUCUUCUCUGCUUCGCUACCUUUUCCAUAGUGCACAUGCAAUGUCUACCAGAACUAGUAUGCAGCUUUAAUAUCCUGCAGCUUUAUCAAAGCAUAACCCCCCCCCCAAGUAAUUUUACAUCUGCAUGUUUUUUAGUGUGUAUGCUGACAUUCUGAAAAUGUCCCCGUUCAAGCCAAUGGCAGUCUAUUAUGUGGAAUCGUGGUAGGAAAAACGCGGCGUACAAGGAAACUUGUUCUUCAUGUGAUUGGAAGUGGUGGUAGGGAAGGGUAAUGCAGGAUAUAAUUGCCAUUUCAAAAGCAGUCCCACAUUUAGGUUGUAGUAUUUUCUCCAUGUGAAAAUGGCCCUUGUCCAUGCAAAAUCUUUUAAAAAGUUUGAAGCAACCAGAGCUGGAAUUUUGCUUACUUAAGGGUAGUUUGCAUUCUCAGUACACUAUCUCCGAAGGGCCUCAAAUCCAAAGACAAGACAUACAUACAAGUCCUGCUCUCAGAUAUGUGUGUUUGGUUAAUUUUAAAGCAGCAGGGAUCAAGCGGUAAGGAUGGAAGGGAAGGGCCAUUGCUCAGUGCUAGCAGCCAUGCAGAUGCUCACAGGUUCAAUUCCAGCACUACAAAGCCCCACCUACAAUGCUGGAGAGCCACUGCUGGUCAGUGUAGGAAAUAAAGCAUACAAGCUGAAAGCGUAUGCAGAUGAUAUUGUAAUAACAGUGGGAGAUCCAAACAGCACAUUUCCGAAAGUCUUAUAAAAAAUACAGGAUUUUGGACUGGUGGCAGGUUUAAAACUAAAUAAAAAUAAAACUAAACUUAGUGAAAAAUGUCUCAGAGCAAGACAAGAAAAAGAUUCAGCAGAAGUUAGAAAUAGAGGUUCACAAAAAAGUUAAAUAUUUGGGAAUAUGGUUGACAGCUUAGAAUAUUAAUAUAUUUAAAGCUAAUUAUGAAAGAGUUUGGAAAGAAAUAAAAAGGAACUUAGAGAUCUAGGGAAGGAUGAAUUUGUCACUUUUAGGAAGAAUUUCAGUAAUUAAAAAGAACGUAUUGCCAAAAAUGUUACUCUUAUUAAAGUCAAUCCCGGUGAUAAGCAAUGUGAGCUGCUUCAAAGAAUGGCAAAAGCAUAUUCCAAGAUUUAUCUGGAAAGCGAAGAAACCGAGAAUAAAAUACAAACUUCUUACUGAAAUUAAAGAAAGAGGUUUCUCUCUACCAGAUUUAAAAUUAUACUUUGAGGCAACCUGCAUUUUCUGGAUUUGGGAUUGGAUUAAAUUAGAGAAUACAGACCUGUUAGACUUGGAAGGGCAUGAUAAAAAUUUGGUUGGCAUGCAUAUAUACGGUAUCAGAAAGCAAAAAUCCACAAAGGAUUUCAUAAUCAUAUAAUAAAAGGUGUGAUUUUUAAGGUAUGGGAGAGAUAUAAAGAUUUAAUAGAACAAAAAACACCAGGAUGGAUAUCCCCAGUAGAAGCAGUAUCUUUAAAAAAGGUAAAUAUGAGGACUAAAUGGCCAACAUUUAGAGAGCUGUUAACAGAAGUGGAUAACCAAUUACAGUUAAAAGAAUUUGAGGAAAUUAGAGAGAAGGUAACAGAUUGAUUACAGUAUUUUCAAAUAAAUGAAAAAUUUAAAAAUGAUAAAAAGAAAGGUUUUAGCUACACAAUAUCAAUAGUUCAAAGAGAAAUGUAGGAUACAAAAUUACUGUCGAAAAUGUGUUAUUUGCUGUUGGAAUGGGAAACCAAAGAGGAAGAGAUUAAGUAUGUAAUGAUAAAAUGGGCAAAGGAUGUGAGACAUAAUAUACAAAUGAGUGAUUGGGAAAGGCGUUGGACGACGGACUUGAAAAUUACUACAUGUUUCUCACUUAAAGGGAACUACCGUAUUUUUUGCUCUAUAACACGCACCCGACCAUAACACGCACGUAGUUUUUAGAGGAGGAAAACAAGGAAAAAAU